GUUUAAAAAUGGAGCCUAUAUGUUAUUUUACAUUUCCUCAAAUAAUUUAACACUCCCAAAGGGAUCGAAAGACAUUAGUAUUUUCUGACUAUUGUACAAAGUUUGGUACUUAGUACCUUCGAAAUAAUAGAUCAGCUCAGAAUCGCACCUUCUUUCGACUAAUACAUAUUUCGCACGAUUUAACGUUUACCGAACGAUUGUUAGUUAUGAUAACAAGUUUUUCUGGCAAUCGUGUUCGCUGUGUGAGCUGUGUUGCUGCCGUAAGCUCAAAUAUGGGGAUUGGGAAAAACGGGAGAUUGCCCUGGCCCUCACUGAGGUAAACCUGCUUUAGCUUGAAUGUAUUCAACUCUAUUGAUUGUUUGCUUCAAGGAAACGAACUCUAUGGAUGGUUUUGCCUUUAGCUCACUUGCUUCUUAACAUUUAUUCAUUAAAUGUUGGGUAAAUAAUAGAAGAAAACUGUACAGAGUUUUGUCAAUUUUCUUGUUGGGUGUGAGAAAAAUGAUCAAACCUUUUUCAAUUAUGUCAACGAUUGUGGUCUUAGAUGACUCUCGUCUAAAUCGUUAGUGAAGAUGGCACUCUCCAUAAGGGUUAUUAUUUAUUAUAAUAAGCAUGACAUGUGCUUUAUUUCUGAUGUACCACUCUAUCACAUGAAAACCUUUUUCUAAGAAGGAAGAUAAAAGGAGAUUUUAAGUCUCAAGUUCAUCUAUUAUUACUAUUUUAUUACUAGGAACUACUAUAGGAACAGACUGUAUCAAAACUAAAAGAUUUUUGUUUGCCUUUGUUAAGGACAGACCUGAUGUUCUUGAAGAAAAUUACCACUGAGGUUAAUGAACAAGGUGUGUUGUUGAACACUUUUAAGCCCACUGAAAGUGGAUAUGAAAUACAAUCGAUAAAAAGAUAAAAACACAAGAUCUAGAGGUAGUAAGGCAUUUUAAAUAGUAACUGUUCAUGCUCCUAAGAUCAGCUUUCGUAAAGGAAAGUUUCUAGGUCUUCUUAGAGACAAAAGUUGGUGACCUGUUUCACAUGGACCCUGCUAAAGUACAGCUCCAAGUGUUUGAAGGUAUUAUAAACUUGCUUAUGAGAAAUUGAUUGUAGCCCUUCCCAAUUUCUGAACCAUUAGAAAUCUGUUAUUACUCUACCCAAAUAAGAUAUGAAUCUAUCAGGGCAAGGAUUUUUAUUAAGGUUUGCAGCAUAGGAGCAUCAGUAUUGGGUGCCUGGGCAUACUUAACAUAGGGCAUAAGGAGACUUGCUUCCCUUCCCCUCGAUGGUUUAGAAAUUUUUGAAGUUCUUCAGUUAUUCUGCAUUUAAGAGGGGAAACUAAUAUGCUUCAGUUACUAAAAGUUAUGGUUUCACAAUAUGAUUGAAUCCUGAAUUGAUGAACCAGUCAAUGAAUGAAUUAGUUUUCUAUCAGUAAAAUCUUUUAAUCAUUUAACCCCUACAUUUUAUAAGUUCAAAUAUAUCUUUAUUUUAAAAGAAAUAUAAGGAAAAUAUUUGAUGGUAACAUAUAUGUCAUUCCUUUUGUUGAUAUUUUGGAAGCAGCCAGAUAAAGCUGUCCCCACAGCCAGUCAAUUUUCCUGGUGUUGAGCCCUUUGUCAGAUUUUUUUCUCAGGGUUCAUCGCUCUAGAACAUAGUAGAUUGACAUCAGCCAGAAUUUUAACCUGGGCCACACAAUGAAGAAUAGAGUUAUGUUGAAUUAAAAAACUUCACCCUGCUGUUCAUUACUAGUUUGAUCUUGGAUGUUGCAAAUUUGGUUUUUUUAGCUGCACUCUGUAAAUAGGUUACUGGUCUGCCUCUAGCUUGCUGAGAUUUCUAAUCAUCUUUUGGCACGUGGCUUUGGGGAAGAGGUUAAAUACAAGCCUUUUAAUGAUUGUUUAAUAGGUAAAUGGAAUGCUGUAUUAAUGGGAAGAAAAACUUGGGAAUCGCUUGAUGUGACCGACCAGCCCUUACCUGGAAGACUGAACAUUGUUAUAAGUAAGACACUGAAGUAAGUACCAUGUGUACCUUUGAUAUGAACACACAUAUCAAUCAAGGAAUCAACCCCUUCUAUUUUGUUUGUGCAUGUUUUGACUUCUCAGUUUAUAGAAAUAAAGAGGAUCUGAAUCAGGUCAAAACUCAUCUCAUAUCCCUCUCACAAAACAAAUUACAACCAAUACCAGGAAAUUUCUCAGAGGAGACAAGCAAUGCAGCAAGUGAGCAAACAUAGGCAGGGUUCUUGUUAGGCUUAUGGAGUGGAAGAGGACCUCCAAUUUUGUUUCCUAGAUAAUUUGGUUUUAUCAGUUGAGUUGUUAAUGUUAAUUGGCCGGGGAAGUUUAUGCAAGUGCAAAGCUCCAAUAACAGAAUGAAAUGCAACUUUAUGAUAAUUAUUGACACUAUGCAAUGAAAGCCUGCCCUGUGUGUGCUGAUUCUCUCCACACCAGUGGUUUCAAUAAAAAUGGUUAGUUUAGAAUCUGGUCUUUGAGGAGUCAGACUUUAGCAGGUUUAUUUUCCAGCAUUUUUGUUCCUGGGAUUCUACCAAUUUGAAUAGAAUUAACAGAUAUGUAAGGUAUACAAAGACUUUUGUGUAAGGCUACAACUAGAUAACCAACUCUUUUUGAUUGGUUAAAUCUAUCCUCUAAGUAGCUGCUAUUGGCUUAAUUCCCUCCUUCACAAAAGUUUGUUACAGUACAUCAAGUGUUUAGUUUCUAUUUAUUUUGAAUCAGGGAGCCUCCUCCUGGAGCACAUCAUGUUUUUAACAGUGUCUGGUCUGCAGUUCAAAUGUUAUCUCUCCCUCCCCUUUUGGACACAGUGGAAGAAAUUUUUGUACUUGGUGGUGGUGAUGUGUACAAGGUAAAUAUCUUAACUAUCAUGUUUUGAUCCCUAGAGCACUUUUCAACUUAGUGUGUUAAAACCAAAACCAAAAUAAUUUCGACGGCUUAUCACUAGAAAGGGACUCCCGUAGAAACAAGCAAACAACCUAAUGUGCGGGAAAAGGCAGGCGACCAAGUGGAGAUGGUUUUAGUUUUGCACGUUAUUGAUUGAGAGGGCAGUCUGAGUUUUCUUGAUCAAUGUAGUCCCAGAUUCCUUUGGACACAACUGAAAAUUGCAGUGGUUGUAAACUUGUAGGUCUGAUUAUUUAAACAAAGAACAAAGUUUAGCCGUUGUUUAACAAAACCACGCACUAAAAAAUCCUCAAUUUAGCUAAACCUUUUAUGUGAACAUUCAUUUUUUGUGAACAUUGUCAAGAGGGCCGAAAGCUAACAGUGGAAAGAUAUGUAUUUGAUUAAAUCAACCCUCUUACAGAGAAUCCCUAACAAAGCCCACCACUUUUGUAAAACCGUGGUGUGGGUUAGACCUCGUAUAAAACAACUGGCACGUAAUGUUUGACAAACAGGUUCCAUUUUGUUCUACAACUGUUUUGUAAAAGAUCAUAACGUGAAAAUAUGGAGAGGACCUUAAAGGCGUAUGAUGAACUGCUGGUGAAUGUGUGACUGAUAUUCUCAACGCAUUUUUCGCAUCUUUUGUGAUAAAGUUGAAAGGCAUUUUUCUUUCUUCGCUUCUUUUGUUUUUCACAUAACCAAAACUUUUUUUCUUAUUUUCUUUCGCAGGAAGCAAUUGAGUCUUCUUACUGUCAAAGAAUUUAUUUAACAGAAAUAGACAAAGAAUUUGAGUCAGAUGCGUUUUUCCCGGCCUUUGACAGAAGCAAGUACAGUCUUAUAAGGUACUAUCUAUGGGUGCAAUACAUAACACGUUCCGAGUAAGACACCUCGCAGCUUGAAAAUUGUUUAAGUUAAAUGCAUUUUAAGUGUCCAGGUACGUUAGGAUUUACGUGAAACUUCAGAGAACUGAAGAAAAAAAAGCAAAAAAUGAGUCAGAGGGACAGUAUCUUUUUUUUCAAUUGCUGGUUAACUGCGAGGAUCAUUUCCAUGCUAGUAUACCAUCCGCCGGUCAAAACAUGAUUUAAGAAAAACAUCUGGAUCAUCGGAGGAAUCGAAAUCCGACCUUCGGGGCGGUUUUGCUCCACUGCAGAGCUAUGAAGAACUAGGCUCGAGCCUAUGGAGAACCUCCUCACCUGGACCAUGGCUAGGUUUAUACGUGACACGUGUCCUGCAUAAAGACAAGGUCACUAAUAUCAAAAGCGUUGCGCGAGUGAAUAGAACAAGAUGAGGAAUUGUGCAUUUGUUCUUUUAUUAGAGAAAUUUCAAUUGAAUGUGGAAAGUAAUCCGGAAUUGCUUUGGUUUUGCUUUAAUUCGUUAUUUGAUUGGUUCAUAAAAAUCGCGCCACUUUCUCAACCAAUCAUAAUCAAAACUUAUACUAAUCUUUCUUUUGCAGUUUUGAUAGCUUUGAUUUUAGUUUUAUGACCCUCCUCGAAAAACGCUCAAAAAGGGGGUUAUUUGUCUUGUCAGGAGCGCCCAUCAUCUACAAGGAAUUGAACCCGGCGCAGGCAUUCGCAUUUCGCGUUAUGCUCCUCGACUACUGAAUGUAACUAUGAGAGAACUCGAUAAUGAACUGUGCCAGUUGAAAUGUUCAUAAAUGGCAAGCGUCCUGUUUAAUGCUGGAAUGAGUAUUAUCAAAAGAGUCGUCGGGAGUAAAUAAGAUAUGAAAGAUGUUCAAUUUUGAGUUCGGUCGAUGAACAGAGAGGGUUCUAUACGAAUUCUCUUUUCUGUUUCAGUACACCCAGUGGAGUGCCUCAAGGCAUUAUUGAAGAAAACCAAAUCCGAUACAGAUUUUGUGUUUAUGAGAAACAAGUCCCUCAAGAUGUGUCAGAAACUUGCUAA